CGUAAGAGCGUUUUAUCAUCUGACUGUCGGCGUCUGCUGCUUGAGUUUAAAGGGCAAGAGUGUUCAUCAUUCUCUCUGCUCAGAGAGAAAACUUUGAAAAUGUCAGAGUUUUGAGGAGGAUUUCUAGAACCCAAGGAGAUUAGCCCACGUCAAAAGACUUCGCCUGAAAACUCGCCACAGCAUAAUUUCAGCGUUCCUCAUGGAUAUAAAAAGUUUACCAGGUGGGAAGUCAACCGCUGUUUUUGCAUCCGAUUUACUGUAAUUGAAAGAUGACGUUUUGUCCAGAAUUAUUGAGGAGUUUCAGCUCUUGAAAGCCGAUUGGUGUGUGUGGGAGUGAAAGAGAUGGUGCGGUUCGGAGCCGAUAGCUGACGGAGCCGAUAGCUGACAGAGCUGAUAGCUGACGGAGCUGAUAGCUGACUGAGCUGAUAGCUGACGGAGCUGAUAGCUGACUGAGCUGAUAGCUGACUGAGCUGAUAGCUGACGGAGCUGAUAACUGACAGAGCUGUAGUAGGAUGAGAUGAGAGAGGAUGGAACACAUGGACAGCCCCGCCUCCCACAGCAACGACCCCAAUGUGUUCGUCAAUAAAGUCUUCAACGUGUCUCUGGAUGUGCAGAAUGAAACUGGCACCGUAUCUAUCCAGGAGACUGGGAAGGGAGAGGGUCAUGGAGAAGGUCCGGGGCCAGGCCAAGCCCAGAGAGAGUGGCAGGAGGCUGGGGAUAGACAGGCAGACACCCAGGUACCCCCUCAGACACCUGGAAAGGAGCGCCCGGAGGUCAACCGUAGAACAAGAGCGACUGGGGGCAUCUGGAAGAUCUUGACCCGGCGUAGAGUGGCCUCAGAGCUGGAUAACAGAAGACCUCACUCCAUGAUCCUCCCUGGAGAGGAGGCCUUCAUCCCUAAACUGUCCUUUGCUGACAAGGUCCGCUCCAUCAAGAAGCUCCGCUCCCCUGGUGUCUUCAAGGGGAGGGUGGGUAAGAUGUCUGGGUCCAGCACUAAGUUCAGAGAUGGAGAGACGGAGGACGACUCGUUCUGCCGGGACUUCCUCCCCUCGCCCGGCCUGCACCCCUGUAGGAGCACACUCCGCCACCGUGCAAAGAGGCAUUCAUAUGCCGGACACACCGCCGAGUUCGACUGCUCAUUUGAGGACAUGGAUCUGACAGCUACCCUGGACAGACACCAUCUUCACUCACUAGUGGAGCCUCUUACCCAGAACGGCUCUAAGCCCACAGAGAGAAUCUCCUGCUCCAAGAGACCUCAGGUCCAGGCACAGGCGCAGGCCAACCACUCCUCUAACUGUAACAGUACCUCAGCAGGAGUGUGUGAGGAGCAGAGUGUGAGGGGCAGCCCCAAGGUCCCGCUGGGUGGGAGGAGAUCUAAGAGAGCUGACGUGUGGAGUUACCUGAGGAGGAUCUCUGUCCUGGGGAAGGGGAACCCGGCCUACUCAGAGAGGAGUUUUGACUCAGAGCUCCACACACUGGACAAGACCAUGGACUCUGACUACGGCUCGGUGGACUUCGAGAGCGUCAGGGACUUUCAACCAGCGGCUCCAAAGCACUCUGACAGCAAAGGCGGACAUUUUGGGGGUCUGAUUAAGUUCUUCAGCAACGUUGCGGAGACGGCUAGAAAAUGGCGGACGUCUUCUCGCUCCUUCUCUCCUCCAGAGGAGGGAGGGGAGCGGUCGCUGCUGGGCUCCCCCAGAGCAGGGCAGCAUCUGGGGGACUACGUCCACAGUGUGUCCCUGACCCUCCGCAGUGAAGACUACCCAGAGUGUCCCCCAACACCCGCCUCACCCCUGACCCCUCACUCCCCUCGCUCCCCUGCCUGUGACCCUGCCUCACCCCCUCCUCUAAUAGGCAGACGGUCUCCUCAGGUGAUGCUGGAGGCCUGGAGGGUGAGUCCAGACUCAUCAAGCGUUAACGGCCUGGUGUGUGUGAGCUCAUUGGAGACGGACAGACAGAUGGACAGACAGACAGAGAGACAGACGCGGCACACGUCUGUAGCCACAGUAGAGAAUCACGAGCCACACUCAAGGCUGGAGAGAGAGACUCAGAAAGAGAGAGAGACAGAGGUAGACAGAGAUCCCUUAGAAUGUCUGUCUACAGUGGAAGAGAGAGAAAGCGAGGGAGGGGAGGGAGGAGAGGGACACUCAGGAAAUUACCUGGAUUCCAAGGAUGCUCUAACUGUCUCGGAGCAGACACACCUUCCAAACGGCCAAUCAGAGUUACGGGAAGGAGAGAUCGUAGCCACUAGGGAACGAGCAGGAAACUGCCACCUAGAAGUAUUUAAGGCCCUGUCUCGUCCCCUGGGGGCGUCACCUUUAGAGCCCCCCCUCAGAGUGUCUCUUCAGAGGUGUCACUCCCUCCCUCUCCCCCCCAGAACCCUCACCACUCUGGCCCUGUUUCCGGGACACACAGCAGACCCCCAGUCAUCCUCAGCGUGUCUUGGUGUUGGAGAGGCUGGCAGCUGCAGGAGGAGACUGCUCAGAACAGGCUCUGGUCCACUACAAGUCAACAUCUUGAUAAGUGGAGGAUCUAUCGUCAGCGCUGAGGCAGUAUGGGACCAUGUGACCAUGGCCGACCGAGAGUUGGCGUUUAAGGCCGGUGAUGUCAUCAAGGUGCUGGACGCGUCCAAUAAGGACUGGUGGUGGGGUCAGAUCGACGAGGAGGAGGGCUGGUUCCCCGCCAGCUUCGUACGGCUGUGGGUGAACCAGGAGGAUGGGGGGGUGGAGCCUGUGGAGGGGACCAGUGAAAUGGCUAACGGUCACCUGGAUCCGACCAACGACUGCCUGUGCCUGGGCUCGCCGCUUCAGAACCGUGACCAGAUGAGAGCCAACGUCAUCAAUGAGAUCAUGAGCACAGAGAGACACUACAUCAAACACCUCAAGGACAUCUGUGAGGGCUACCUGCGUCAGUGUAGGAAGAGGGUAGACAUGUUUAACGAUGACCAGCUGAGGGUGAUCUUUGGGAACAUCGAGGACAUCUACCGUUUCCAGAUGGGCUUCGUUAGAGACCUGGAGAAACAAUACAACAACGAGGAACCACACCUGUCUGAGAUAGGACCCUGCUUUCUAGAACAUCAAGACGGCUUCUGGAUCUACUCUGAGUACUGUAACAACCACCUGGACGCCUGCAUGGAGCUGUCCAAGCUGAUGAGAGACGGGAGGUACCAGCACUUCUUCGAGGCCUGUCGUCUGCUGCAGCAGAUGAUCGACAUCGCUAUCGAUGGCUUCCUCCUCACACCCGUACAGAAGAUCUGCAAAUACCCCCUGCAGCUGGCCGAGCUGCUCAAAUACACCGCACAGGAGCACAGUGACUAUCGCUACGUGGUGGUUGUACUGGCGGUGAUGCGUAACCUCCCCACUCAGCAGAUCAACGAGAGGAAGAGGAGGCUGGAGAACAUUGACAAGAUCGCCCAAUGGCAGGCCUCCGUCCUGGACUGGGAGGGUGAUGACAUCCUGGGCCAAACCAGUUCAGAGUUGAUCUAUACAGGAGAAAUGUCUUGGAUCUACCAGCCUUAUGGACGCAGUCAGCAAGAAGGUCUUCUUCCUCUUUGCUCCAAUCACCAGCUGGUCCUCUGUAAGAAGGAUCUGAUUCGUAGGGACAUCCUGUACUAUAAGGGCCGUAUCGACAUGGACCGCUAUGACGUGCGGGACGCCAUCGACGGACGCGAUGACGACUUCAACGUGAGCGUGAAGAACGCGUUCAAAUUGCACAACAAAGACAGCGAGGAGCUCCACAUCUUCCUGUCCAAGAAACAGGAGGAGAAGAUGCGAUGGCUCCGGGCUUUCCACGAGGAGAGAAAGAUGGUGCAGGAGGAUGAGAAAAUCGGGUUUGAGAUCUCAGAGUACCAGAAGCGUCAGGCAGCUCUGACUGUGAGGAAGGUAUCUAAGCAGAAAGGUGUGAACAGAUGCGUGCCCCCCUACCCCCCUUCCCAGGACCCCCUACCCCUGGGACAGUAUGACCUAACAGAGGACUUGGCACAAGCAGAGGUUUUUGAAUUCAGUCAAUCAAAACGAGGCCAGUCUCUUUUCUGGCACGACAAUUCUACUAGAUUAACAACGUUUGAGAAAUAGAGAAACAGACUCUUUCCAAGGACCAUCUAUUUUUUGCUGAGAAACACUCAAACUAAAGUGUUUGGAAGGUUACAUCAUCGUCCUGUGAAGAAGAAUUGACGAUGAAAAAAGAA